AUGGUGGUGGAUACUUCUUACUAUGACUUGUUGGGAAUUCAACCCACAGCUUCGGCACUAGAAAUCAAGAAGGCCUACAGAAAGGCUGCUAUUCGGUUACAUCCUGACAAGAACCCAGAUAAUCCCCAGGCAGCUGCCAUGUUCCAGGAGGUUGGCCAGGCAUACCAGGUUCUCUCUGAUGAGCAGCUCAGAGUGAAGUAUGACAAGUACGGAAAGCAAGAGUCGAUGCCCUCUGAAGGAUUCGAGGAUCCCGCAGAAUUCUUCUCGAUGAUUUUUGGAGGAGAGUCCUUCAAGAGGUGGAUUGGAGAGUUGUCGUUGUUGCAAGAAAUGACCAAGACAGCAGAAUUGUCUGGAUUUGAUGAGGAGGAUGAGAGUGAAAAGACUAAGGCGGAGACUGGCAAAACUGAAACUACAAAGACAGAGACAGGACAGUCUGAAACAGAGAUUGCCGAUAGCCUGAAGGUUGAUGAGAUCGGAGAGGAUAACAUUGGAAAGACCCACGAUGUGAGCGAUACCACUUCUAUUCAUGAACAGCCACUGACAGGUAAGCCAGCCUUGCUCUUGGAAGACGGCAAGAGAACCAAAGAGGAGGAGAAGAAGAAGCGCCAGGAGGAGCUUGAGAAGUUCGAGGAGGAGUGUAGACUCAAGAAAGAGGAAACCAAGAAAGAGCUCGCUAAGAACUUGUUGGACAUUAUUGCAAAGCACACUGACGCUUCGGGCACGCUAGAUAGUGACGGUCUCGAAGCGGAAAUCAAGAACGAAGCAGAAUCUUUGAAAAUGGAGAGUUUUGGUUUAGAAAUUUUGCACAUGCUCGGCGGCAUCUACAGAGCAAAAGCACGUAUUCUCUUGAGUCGUAAGUCGGUUUGGGGACCAUUGAAAGGCUGGUACUGGUCUGCAGUGGAGACUGGAAAGACCGUUAACCAUGUGUUUAGUACCGUCAAAUCUGCCCUCGCUGCACAGAGGACAAUGCAAGAUUUUGUUCAGAUGCAACUGGACAAUGAGUACCAUGCGAAGAAAGAUGCAGACGAACUAGCCAAAGAAGGCGAGUUCCAUGAUGCCAAUGCAGAACAAGAGGCGGAUGCUGUGCAUGAACCCGCAAAUAAGGAAGAAAUUGAAGCCACAGAUGCCAAUGUUGAGUCUAAGGAGACCAAAGAGGUAAAGGAGCCUCGAAAGCACACAGCAGAGGAAAUGGCCGAAGCCGAGAAGAUGCUAAUGGGACAAGUGUUGGGAGCAGCAUGGAAUGGGUCUAAGUAUGAGAUUCUCGGAACGGUUCGUGGAGUCUGUGAUGCUAUACUCUACGAUGAAGAGGUGCCUAUAGAGGAGAGACUAGCGAGAGCAGAAGCUUUGAGAAAGAUCGGCCAUGUUUUCUCAAGCAUCACUAGAACGGAAACGGAGGAUGUGGAGGCACGUAUUUUCGAGGAAUUGGUUGCAGAGUCUACGAAGAAGAAGUCCCGGAAGCCAGCACCAAAGACAGAAGAAGCUAGCCAGGCUUAG